AAUAUUCCUUAAAAGGCAUAAAUUAAACAAAAGCUAAUACUUACAGAAGAGAAUGAUAAUACUCAAACUUUUUUAUAAAAAAAAUUGCUCUCUAAAAUGGCAAAUCAUCCUUCAACUUCAAAAACACUUUCAUAUAAUCGAGUUCUAAGAAUUUCAAAUGAAAGUGUUCUUUUUGAGACCAACUGCUCUAAGAACUUUUCUAGAUUCAAGGAAGUCACCAAUAUUUAACAUAAGGUAGUUGAAUAAUUCAAAAAGGAUUUGCAAAAAAUCAGCUGGAUGUUUAUAUCUGAUGGCUUGCUUGCAGGAGGAACUGCAUCAUAAUCUUCUGGGUAGCAGAUUUACCAAGCUUGCUUAGAUUGGAUACUCAUUUUCCUCUAUAAUUCUCAUAUAUCUUAAAAAUAACAUGUAUUAUCAGCAUUUAGAAAUGCAUUAUAACUUAAGGAUUUUCAAAGUCAUUUUGUAUUUAUAAUUUUGAACACAUUAGGUUAGUAGAAUCAAAGUAAAAGUUAUUUUCCAAAGAAUAGCAUUUUGGUAUAAUUUACAGUUAAUUAUGAACAUGUUUUAUGUGAAUUUUAUAUCAUUAUGACCUUUCCUAAGUGAGUAUUUAAUAUGCUAGAAUUUUAUUUUCAUCUUUUCAAACAGUGAGUCUGUUGUAAUAUUUUAUCUGUAAAUCCUUAGUCUCAAGAUUUUAGUACUUUUUCUACUGUACAAAUUAGCUCUUAUAUUUUUGUAUGUCUUUCUCACACACAUGGACAGACACACCCAGAAGUCUUAGUAACAUUUUAUUUGGUAAAUUCACCCACUUAAAAUUAAUCCAGUUUUUUUAGUAUAUUUACAGUUGCCCAAUCAUUGCCACAAUUUAUUCUUCACUCCAAAAAGAAAUAAUGUACCCUUUAGCAGUUACUUUUCAUUUACUUAUUUUCUCCAGCCCCUGGCAACCUCUAAUUUACUUUCUGUUUAUAUAGAUAUGCCUAUUCUGGACAUUUCAUAUGAAUGGGAUCAUAUGAUAGUGGUCUCUUAAGACUGGCUUCUUUGUCUUAGCAUAAUGUUUUCAAGGUUUAUCCAUAUUGUAGCAUGUAUCAUUGUUUUCUUUGAUUGCUAAGUAAUGUUCUGUUGGAUAGAUAUAUCACAUUUUGUUCAACCAUUCAUCAAAUGAUGGACAUUUGAGCUGUUUCUGUUUUAGGGCAGGUAUUAAUAAUGCUAUAUGAACAUUUGUACACAAGAUUUUUUUUUUGUGUGUGUGUGUGUGUGUGUGUGUAUAGAUAUGUGGUUUUAAUUUCUCUUGGGUAUUGAUGAUGAUUGUGUUUAUAAUCUUUUGAAGAACUUCCAGAUUGUUUUUCAAAGGGUCAUUUUAUAGUCCCACUAGCAAUCUGUGAAGGUUUCAUUUUCUCCAUUCUGUGGCCAAUACUUAUUUUUUAUUGUAACCUUGCUAGUGGGUAUGAAGUAGUAUUUCCUUGUCUUAGUUCAUUUUCUGUCAGUAUAACAAAAUACCAAAGAAUAGGGAUUUCAUAAUGAAUAGAGAUUUGUUUAGCUUACAGUUUUAUAGGCAGAAAUUCCAAGAUCUCGCACCCCCAUCUGUUUGGCCUCUGGUGAAGACCUUGUGGCAGAUGUCAUCACAGUUGUGGAAGCAUGUGCCAAAAAGACCACGUGAUGAGAUAAGAAGCCAGAAAGAUUCAGGGGCCAGGUUUACUCUUUUUUGUUGUUGUUGUAAUUAUAGAUGGACAGCAUGCUUUAUUUUGUUUAUUUUUAUGUGGUGCUAAGGAUUGAAACCAGUGCCUCACAAUUGCUAGGCAAGCAUUCUGCCACUGAGCUAUAGCCCCACCCCACCCCCAGGUUUACUCUUUUUUAUAACAACUUGUUCUCAUGGGAAUUAACCAGGGUUCCUUAAGAAGUAUGUUAAUCUUUUCCAAGGGCAGCAUCCUAAUGAUCACAUUAGAUCACACCUCUUUAAAACUUUUACCACUGUUUAGCAUCACCCUACGAAGACCAGGUGUCCUACAUGUGAACCUUUGGGGGAGACACACCAUAACCAAACCUUAGCACUCAAGGUGGUAGAAACAUCUUUUAAGUGAUUCUGCUAUAUUAUUACUCAUCUUUGGGAAGUUUACUUGACACAGAGGCUUUUAAUUGUUAGUUGAUAGAUUAUUGUUUAUUUAUUGAUUGUUUUGGGUGCCAUGAAAUCAUAAGUAUAUGCCUCAGUGUUAAAAAUCCUACUGUUCUUAAGUUUAAAUCUUCCAUCUUUUUUCAGCUAUGAUUCUGAAUGAGCGUUAUAUCUGUUUCUUUGACUAUACAAUACAUCUUUUAUAGGAUUUUAAUUGGUAUUGAUAAUUCAUACUAACAAUUCAUAGAGGUUAGAUUCUUUUGUUUAUUGCUUUUAUAUAAUCCAUAUUAAGAACUCAAUGGAUUUAGUUGCUUUUAUUAAUGUUACAGAAGCUAUUGGUAUUACUAUAUCAUUUUGUACUGUAAGAAGGGAAAUGCAUGCAUUUUCUAUUUGUUUUAUGUAUUGAUGGAUUCUUCCAAAGGAAGUUUGUUUACUUAAAGUAGUACCCAGUGUUCUUUCUGCAGUAUUAGACUGGCUUUGCUGCAUGGCAGUGUCAUUUUCAUAGGGACACUGAAAUACUCUGUAUAUGUCCUGGCAAAUAGAAUUCCUCUCCUGGAUGUAGCAGUUAUAAAGGUAGGAAUAAUCUGUUAUUCUGUAGGAGUGGAAUUUGUGGUAUGUUACAGGUUUCUCUGUUCUGACCGAAUUUUUCAGUGAAAUCACUUCAUGCGCAGACACAGAUGCACUGUUUUCCUCCUGUGGUCAUUUUGUGUAAAGUUUCCAUUUAAGGAUUAUAUUUGUAAGGAUUCUGUAUAUUGAUACUUGGAAAAGCCAAAAGACUAAUACUGCACUCUCAAAAACUACCUUUGCAAAUCUAAAUUCUAGACAUUUUAGGUCCAAGUAUUUUAGUGUACCUCUGCCCCAUUUCAUUUUCAUGGGUAAAGAAGAGAAGAAAGCAGAGAGGUUUGGUGGCAGAGACAACAAAGGAAAUUUUACCUUAUUAUUCAGAAAGGAUUCAAAAGAUUUAUGCCAGUGGUAUUAAAGGAUUAGUGGUAACUUUCAGAUCUCUGUGGACCUUACUUUAAUUGCUUUCGUGCUGUAUUUAUCAGAGUAGUUAUAAUGUUAAAUGUAAUUCUUUUGCAGUUCAUUUUGGUUUUAAUUUUCUAUACCUUUGAAAUACACAGCAGAACUACAAUACUACCUGCUUCCUAUUCUAAUAUCAACCCCAACAUUCGAAUAUACCAAACAUCAGUAUGUUUUUGGUUGCUGUAGUAUGCUGGAUCAUCGUGCUAUGCAUUAAGGACACAUUUCACUUCACCUUUAGGAUCGAUUAUUAUUCAGUGUACUCUAGCAUCUUAAGACAAUUCUGUUGCUUUAUUUAUGUCUUCAGUCUACUGUCCUCACUACUUAGAAAAUGCUUAUGAAUUUGGGGUACAUUCUCAGUGCUUUCCUCACAUCUAAAAGCAGUGCCUUUUAAUAGAUAAUCUAAAAGAUUAUCUUUUAGAUCCUCUCAAAGUCAGCUAAUAUUGCAAUUUUUGAUUGUUUUCUGUUAUGUGUGGAAUUUUUUCCUUAGGGAUUUGAUUAAAAACAAAGAAUUUGGAAUUGUUUAUUUUAACGAUGCUUGGAUCUAUGAAACAGGUGUAAUAAUUGUACCCUACCUCAUGGGCUGCUAUAAGAAUUACAGAGAUUAUAUAGUCAUCUCGGUAUCCCUGGGGGAUUGGUACCAAUAGUCCCCCAGAUACCAAAAUCCAUAGAUGCUCAAGUCCUAAACCUAUAUAAAAUAGUGUAAUAUUUGCAUGUGACCUAUAUACAUCCUCUUGUGUACUUUAAGUCAUUUCUAGGUUAUUUAUGAUGAUGAAUAUAAUGUAACUGCUCUGUAAAUAGUUGUUAUGCUAUAUUGUUUAAGAAAUAAUGACAAUGUAAAAAAGUCUUAACAUGUUUGGUACAGAUGCAAACAUCAUACCCUGACUAUGUAGUACAUAUAUGGUCAUAAGGCAAAUCAUGCACAAAUAGCAAGUGCUAGAGAGAAACUGAGGGCCUGUGAAAUGGUGGGGGGCUAUAGCAGAAUGCCUACACAUCAUUUCAUUCCUGUGAAUUCAGCAUGGUGCUUAGUGUGUGUCAUAUUCAAAAAAAUUUUUGCUUAGCAGAAUUUUCUGAAAAAUUUUUUUUCUGAAUGUUUUUAUAAUCUGUAGUUGGUUGAAUCUAUGAAUACAGAACCCACAGACCAAAGAACCAAAUAUACCUGAAAAAUAUUGAGAACUCUUUUCAAGCCACAGAACAACUUAGUUGUUAAAUUAACCUAUGUCUGAUCCAGCAGUAGCAAAAGGAAUCAAUCUUAUAUUCUCCUUAUCUGAUUUCUCUGCUCCAUUAACUCUUUCUGACUGUAUAUUCCUUUUUCAGGUUGAGAGUUGUAGGAUUUUAUAUGUGGAAUUUUUCUGAAUGUGUAGGAGGCUGUUUUAUAAUACACAGUAGAAAUUUGUGAUAUGUAUAAGGGAUUGAUUAUUGAUUACUGGCUUUGGAAUGAAAAAGGCUGUUUGAUGCUUUUUUUUUUUUUUUUUUUUUGCCUGCCAAAAUAACAGAGAUAAAUGAUUGCUUCUUUAGCAGAUCCAAGUUGUAUAGAUACAAGAUAAGCCAGGUAUGAAAAAGUUAGCAGAAUGGGUUUUAAGAAUUUGUUACCAAUUUCCAGUUACAAAAAGGCAUAUUUGUAGAAUUCUUUUCCCACAGUUGUAAAUCUGAUCACUCUCAAGCCUGAUAGAUGUUAUUGUUUGGAGCCCUGGAAGGCUUUGUAGUUGUUUGUAAAUACUUCUGGCAAGUUUUUAUUAGAUGCUUUUUAGCACUAGCUAUUAGACAUUCAAUAUUGUCUUAGGUGUUAUUUAGAUUAACUUUUACUUGGUGAUGAAUUUUCCUUCCAUAUUAUCUCUGGAUGUUCAUUCAGCUUCCAUUUAGAUACUUUGCUAACAGGAAGUUCAUGGUCUAUUGAGCAGCAGCCCAUAUCAUUGUAGGGCUUCUCUUUAGCAAUAGCUAUUUGUUAGAGAAGGGUCAUCCUCAAAAUGCUGACGGAUUCCCAGAUCUUUUCUCUUUACUUCAAUAUGCUAUUCCCUUUAUUCAACAUGACCUUCAUUCAUAUAGCUUUAUCCAUUUCAUAAUACUGUCUUUUGAGACAAGAAAAUAAUCAAUUUCACAAAGGUUAUCCAUAGUUUCUAGAGAUUUACUCUGUCAUGGACUUACUAAGUCAUCUCUUAAACUUGUCAACAUUUCCUUUUUUGUUCCUCCACUUCCCUCCCCAUCCUUUUCUCUGUCACCGUCUCUUUCUCUCUUAUUUAAAACUGUAAGGAUCGUGAUAAACUGGAAAUUGGUAAUAUAGGCAUAAAUAAGAACCAUUAAUAUGGAAAGUACAUGCAGGAAAGGGCAAUUCUAGUAUAGUUCAGAUCUGAAAUUACAAACUCUCUCAGCAAAACUUAGAUGAUGGUGGAUAAUAGCACAGGUGGGAACACAUAGUGUUAGAAACCCUCACCUCAUGAUCCGAAGCAAAAGAGAGAGGAAGUGACCAGCAUACCAUAGUCCCCUCCAAUGACAUGCCUUCAGUGACUUAAGACCUCCCACUAGAUCCCACCUCUCAAUAGCAUUAAACUGGGGACUAAUUUGUUAACCCAGGGCCCUUUGUAGAUGAUAUAUAUUUAAAAGAUGAUAAUAGGAUAGUUCUUUUUUUAUUUAUUCAAUCUCUUUCUUAUAAGGGCAGAAUCUAAAUGGAAAAGAAAUAAAUGUGUAUUGAUACCUGAAGCAUGAGACUGAAGACAAAAGUCUGUAAAAGAUGGUUUAGUAGCAGGCAUGAGAGCAAAACAAUUCAAUGGGUCGAUUUCGUGGAUGUAAAUAGGGGGAAACCUGUUUAGGCAGGUAGUGUAUGUAUAUCGGUAGGAAUAAAAAGGGUUAUGGGAAACCAUUUUGAUUUGCUAAUUACAGAGCAAAAUCAAAAUAUCAAAAUUGAGAUUGGAGAGUUUUAUCACACAGUGGAAAUCAUAUGAAGAUUUAACAAAACAUGUUAAAGAAUUUAAAACUCAUAAGACUGUGAAUUGCUGUGAAAUAAUAAUACACAGUCAAAGCUCAGGGAAAUCUACCUUCCAGUAAGUGUGAGAGGAAAUCAGUAAACUUGAGUACUAAUCUAAAAUUUAAUUGGCCAGUUUUGCCACUAUGAUCAUAGCAAGGAAAAUGAGGAGGUCUCAAAUUCCUUCAUUUUUCUCUGUUGAUUUCUGGUCUUCUUUAGUCAUGAUCACUUGUCUCUGAGAGCAGAUGAAUGAACUCCUAGAUGAAGGAAGAGAUAAACUUCGUUUUGCUGGAUGUUGAAAUUUUUAAUAAAUCAAUCUGAAAGUUAUUGUGUACUAUUUAGACACAGUCACUGUGUUGCAAUCACUUCAGUGUUUUUUCAUUUUUUAGAACCUGAGAAAUGCAAGAUUUAUUUUAUUCUGUCUUUUCCUUUAAUAUAAUUAUCUAAAAAUUAUAUGUGAUAUAUAUUACAUAUUUUAUAUGUAUAUAUAUACACACACAUACAUACAUACAUACACACACAUACAUACAUACACACACAUACAUACAAACACACACACACACACACAAAGAUCUGAGUGUUUUUUGUCUGCUUUGGAAACUUCUGGAGUAGAAGAUGGAAUUAUUAUUCUGAUCUUAGUAUUUUGUGGUUUUCCUCCUUUACAUUUUAUUUUUAUUUUAAUGGAUCUUUUCUCUGAUAUUUUCCCUCUUCGAGGUAUGUGAUGCAAUUAAAAAUCCAUGGACAAUGCUUUCUUUAUUCUACUUUGUAUUUUACUGAAAAUACUAAACAAAAUGGACUUGAGAAACGUAGCCCCUGCCUCUAAUUCAUCUUUUCUGUUACUCGUUGUGUUGUUUUCAUUUUUCUUUUUGGGGAGAGUACGGUGGGGGGAGAGUGGUACUGAGGGUGGAAUUGAAUCCUGGGAUACUCUCCUACUAAUCUACAUCCCCAGCCCUUUUUAAUUUUUUUAUUUUUAUUUUGAGAUAAGGUCUUGGUAAAUGAUAAUCCUCUUGCUUCGUCUUCUUGAGUAAAUGGUAUUACAGGUGUUUACCGCUGCAUCCAGUGUUUUAUAGUUUCUUUGUUAAUAAAAUAGCAGUAAUAAUAGCCAGACACAAAGGAUAGUUGUGAGAAUUGUAAAUGAUUUUGAUUAAGAUCUGUCAUCCAGUAUGUAUCUCUGAUUUUUUUGUAGUUACAGAAAGGUAGAUCCCUGGGUAUUGUAUCAAAUAUUUAAUAUGAAAAUAACUCAUUAUCUAAAGAUUUAAAUAUCUGGUUGUAAAAUGAAGCUGUUUUAAUAUCAAGAGAGCUACACUGAUAUUUUAAGUGUACUGUGACAGUAUUUUGUUUUGUUUUUUCUGCUGUUGUGCAUGCUAAUCAAAGGAUCUCCCACUAAACUACACCCCCAUCCUGAAGAAUAUUAGUAAUAUUCAUAAAAGUCAGAAUUAGAAAACCUAAACAAUCAGCUUUUUAAAAAAAUUAUAAUUAAAUCACAUAUAAACAAUUUCUAUUCAGUUCUGUAAAUAUAUACUUUUUUUUUUUUAAUGGUACUAGAGAUUGACUUCAGGGGUGCUCUAUCACUGAGCUACAUAUAUCCCCAGUCUUAUUUUGAUCUUUAUUUUGAGACAGGAUCUUGCUAAGUUGCCCAGUCUUGCCUUGAACUUGAGAGACUCCUGACUCAGCCUUCAGAGUAGUUGGGAGUAUAGGCGUGCAUCACUGCACCCUGCUCAGGAGUAUAAAUCUUAACCUUAAAAGUUACAUUAGAGACAGAUUUAUUUUGUUCUGAAAGAUUCAUACUAAUUUAGAUAUAUGUAAGGUGAAGUCCUUCACUCUUUCACACUGUGUCUUGUCUUGUGAAUAUAACCUAUGUCAGUAAUUUGGUAUCCCUCUUGGAACCCAUUGCAUAUGCCUUAAUAUAUUAAGGUACUAAUUGGCAGAGUGUUUUUUUGCACACAAAAAUGUUUUGAAAAAUUAGAAAAAGAGCACAGAUAUAAUGUAACAGCACUCGUACUCACUAUUCUAAGUUUUUGGUUUUACCUGUUAAUUUUAAAGGAUUAGGGCAUAAAGUUGAAAUCUUCAGUAUGCUGAGUAUUAAAAAAUGUAUACGUGUAUAACUAAUUGAAACAAAUAAAUAAAAGUACAAAAAUAUUUUACAUAUUUAAAAAAAAUUCUAAGAAUCAUUACCGCAUUUACUUCUUACUUCAACUUGUUUUUUCCACUAAUGAUUAUCUGUUGUUGAUAGCUGGAGCCUAUUGGUAUUUAGAAUCUGAAUAUCUAAAGUUUGGCAAAUCACCCUUUUUAAAAAAAUUCUUAUUUUUAAAUUAUGGGAGGAUUUUACGUGUAUACAUUAGAAAAACUCUAAAUGCAUUCUGAAAAAUAAGUUCCUGAGAUUUCCUUUCAACAAUACUUUUGAAACACAGAUAAAAUUACUUCCUGUCUCUCAGUUUCCUGUAUCCAUGGCAACCUCUGUUUUACACACUGACUGUAGAGGAACCAAUGUUAAGAGUGGUGUUUCCUGAGCAAACUGUGACUUUUAAAAAAAAGUGGAGGGCUGGAGGUCAGCAAUGGCACAGAAAGAAAUGGAGUUUAGAAAUGUCGCUCCUCAGAUUUAAAAAGAACCGUUACUUGACUCAGCUGAGUGUUAAUAAUGUGAAUUUCCUGUUCUUGCCAAUUCUGAUAUGAACAGAAAAAUCAAGAACAGGGCUAUGUGUGGAUUACAGUUUUCUCUGCCUUGCCUACAACUAUUUCUGCUUGUUACCUGUUAUCUUGUAUUAUUAUUUUGUAAAGAGAUACUUGGAUGUUCAUCUGUUUGUCGGCUCUGCACUGGGAGACAAAUAAACUGCCGUAACUUAGGCCUUUCAAGUAUUCCUAAGAAUUUUCCUGAAAGUACAGCUUUUCUGUAUCUGACUGGAAAUAAUAUAUCUCAUAUAAGAGAAAGUGAGUUAACAGGACUUCAUUCUCUUGUAGCAUUGUAUUUGGAUAAUUCUAGCAUUCUGUAUGUGUAUCCAAAAGCCUUUGUUCAAUUGGGAAGUCUUUGUUUUCUAUAUCUAAAUAAUAAUUUAAUAAAACACUUAGAUCCAGGAAUAUUUAAGGGACUUUCAAAUCUUCGUAGUUUACAUUUACAGUCUAAUCAAGUAUCUUUUGUUCCUAGAGGAGUGUUUAAUGAUCUUAUUUCAGUUCAGUAUUUAAAUCUACAGAGGAAUCACCUCACUGUCCUCGGGAGUGCUACCUUUGUUGGGAUGGCUGCUCUGCGGAUACUUCACUUAUCAAACAAUAAAAUAGUGAGGAUAUCAGAUUCAGGCUUUCAACAUCUUGGAAACCUUGAUUGUUUAUAUCUAGAAAGUAAUAAUUUAACGAAAGUACCAUCAAAUGCUUUUGAAAUACUUAAGAGUCUUAAAAGACUUUCUUUGUCUCAUAACCCCAUUGAAGCAAUACAGCCCUUUGCAUUUAAAGGACUUAACAACUUGGAAUAUCUCCUCCUGAAAAAUUCAAGCAUUAAAAAUGUUGCUAGGAAUGGGUUUAAUGGAAUUAAUAAUCUUAAAUAUUUGAUCUUAAGUCAUAAUUAUUUACAAAAUUUAAAUUCUGGCACAUUUAGCUUGUUAAAGAAUUUAAUUUAUCUUAAGUUAGAUAGAAACAGAUUAAUCAGCAUUGAUAAUGAUACAUUUGAAAACAUGGGAGCAUCUUUGAAGAUCCUUAAUCUGUCAUUUAAUAAUCUUACAGACAUACAUCCAAGGGUCUUUAUGCCAUUGUCUUCACUGACUCAUCUUCAGGCAAAUUCUAAUCCUUGGGAAUGUAACUGCACACUUUUGGGCCUUCGAGACUGGCUAGCAUCUUCCUCCAUUACCCUAAACAUCUAUUGUCAGAAUCCCCCAUCCAUGCGUGGCAGAGCAUUGCGUUACAUUAAAUGGACUGACAUUACAAAUUGCAUUCCGUCUUCAACAAAUGUAUCCAGACUUUGGGCUGUAAAACCUCUUCAUGUUCAUCACAAGACCACUGCAUUAAUGAUGGCCUGGCAUAAAGUAUCCACAAAUGGGAAACAUUUGGAAAACAUUGAGACUGAGAGCGUUACUUUCUGGGAACGAAUUCGUACUUCACCUGCCAAUAGGUUUUUUCAAGAAAAUACCUUUGCUAAUCCUUUAGAGACCACUGCAGUGCUGCCUGUGCAAAUACAACUUACUUCUUCUGUUAACUUGAACUUGGAACAAAACAGUGCUCUACAGAUUGAUACUGCUUCAGUGUCAGGAAAGACAUCUCUAAUUUGUACCCAAGAAGUUGAGAAGUUGAAUGAGGCUUUUGACAUUCUGCUAACUUUUUUUAUCUUAGCUUGUGUUUUAAUCAUUUUUUUGAUCUACAAAGUUGUUCAAUUUAAACAAAAACUAAAGGCACCAGAAAAUUCAGAGGAAAAUAGACUUGAAUAUUAUAGCUUUUAUCAGUCAGCAAGGUAUAAUGUAAGUGCCCCAGUUUGUAAUACCUCCCCCAAUUCUCCAGAAAGCCCUGCUUUAGAGCAGAUUCAACUUCAUAAACAAAUUGUUCCUGAAAGUGAGGCACAGGUCAUUCUCUUUGAACAUUCUACUUUAUAACUCAGCUAAAUUUUGGCAAUAAGAAAAUGACAGUGUCACAUGGGGGCUGGGAUUGUGGCUCAGUGGUAGAGCGCUCGCCUAGCACAUGCGAGGCCCUGGGUUCGAUCCUCAGCACCACAUAUAAAUAAAAUAAAGAUAUUGUGUCUGACUACAACUAAGAAAUAAAUAUUUAAAAAAAUAAAAAAAAAUCCGAAC